AUGCGGCCGCCGUUGAUUUCGCUCUGUCAGAGCACACCUGGGCCCAGCCGGGUUCACCUGCAUUCUGCCAGAGCUGAUUUAACACUGAACUGUCUUCCUGUGCAUGGCUUCAACACCAAUGGCAGCUACUACUGUCAGUGUAAUCCUGGCUUUCACGUGAAUUCAGAAUCUAGAACCUUCACUGGCAUUGACGGAGUGUGUCGUGAUAUAAACGAGUGCUUAGGGACCCCCAAUAUCUGCGGGCCCAAGGCCUCCUGCCAGAACACCGCUGGGUCCUACAACUGCACCUGCUCUGAGGGCUACAUCUCCAGCAACGGCCAGAGAGUUUUUCACAACGCCACAGGAGUCACCUGUGCAGAGCUGAAGAGUGACCUGUACAAAACCUCAGGUUCACCUGACCAGGAUACGUUCCAGCUGCAGGUGAUCACCUGGGUGGGGCUGUCGGUGUCUCUGGUGUGCCUCCUGCUGUGCAUCGUUACCUUCCCCUUUUGCCGGUCCAUUCAAGGAACUCUCAACUUCAUCCACAUCCACCUGUGCAUCUGCCUCUUCAUCGCCGACCUGGUCUUCCUCGCUGGCAUCUCCCGCACUGAGGACAAGGUGGGCUGUGGGAUUGUGGCAGGGGUCCUGCAUUACUUCUUCCUGGCAGCGUUCUGCUGGACGUUGCUGGAGGGGGUUCAGCUGUACUGCAUGGUGGUUCUGGUGUUCAACACCACACUGCGGCCGAUCGUCACGAUCACCAUCGGAUACGUCGUUCCCGCGGUGAUCGUUACCGCCAGCGCCCAGGGAUACGGCACAGACAGGCACUGCUGGCUGAACCUGGAGAAUGGGUUCAUCUGGAGAUUCUUUGGACCCGUCUGCAUCAUCAUCAUCAUCAACGGCAUGUUCUUCGUCGUCACUGUGUGGAAGCUGGCCCAGAAAUUCUACUGCCUCAAUUCAGACAUGUGUACCCUGCGCAAGAUCAAGACGUUCACAGUCACUGCCAUCGCCCAGCUGUGCGUGCUGGGAACCAUGUGGAUUUCUGGCUGCUUCCAGUUCGAGGGGAACACGCCGGUCGCCUCUUACCUCUUCUCCAUCUUUAACUGCCUACAGGGGGCGCUGGUACUCAUCAUGCGUUGUCUCCUCUACAAACAGGUAAGAGAGAAGCACGCCAGGUUCCUGCCCUGUAUCCGCAAAGACUUGUCGGCGAACGAGUCCAGCAGUGAACCUGUCCAGGCACUCAGGACACUGGAGAGUGAUUAGAACACUGGGGAGUCACAGAUCUGAGGUGGUCCACCACUGUCCCAUGAUGCUUUGCACUAUUUCCUGUCUGACCUGGAGUGACCCCUGCCACAUUGUACAAGCUUCCUGCGCAACAAUGCCUCAAACCCAACCAACAAAAAUCCAGCCAGACCUGUACUAUAAGGGGAAUUCCACGCUGGGUUUUUCCUUCAUUCGUAGAAGAGUAGCUGCCCUCCUGAUUAAAACGAGCUCUCUACCUGCAGAGUGUGUAGAGAUAUAGCCCAAACUGCUGCACAUGCUCCAGGUACCUACAGAGAGGUGACCAACUAAAGGAAAAACCAACAUGAAGUAUCUUAGAAAGGUGUUGUGCCACCAUGAGCCACCAGAACAGCGUAAAUGCACCAAAGAAUAGAUUCUACAAGUCUCUGGAACUCUACUAGAGGGAAGGAACAACAUGCUACUAAGAGAUAUUCCCUAAUUUGGUGCUUUGAUGAUUUGGUGGUGGAGAGCGCUGUCUUACACGUCUCUAAAAAUCUCUGAUAGUUGUUCAAUUUGUUUGAGAUCUGGUGACUGCGAAGGCCACAGCAUAUGAUUCGCAUCAUUUUCAUACUCAUCAAAUCAUUCAGUGACCCCCUCAUGCCCUGUGGAAAGGGGGCAUUGUCAUCCUGGAAGAGACCACUCCCAUCAGGAUAGAAAUGUUUCCCUUCCCUCUAGCAGAGGCACCGGACCUCACUAUAGUGGUUAAGCAUUCAGGCCUGUACCUUUCUCUUAGCGUGUCCCACACAUGCUCUCGCCCACUUGUCGAGAAUAUGGUGAAGUAAGACUCAUCUGACCAUAAAACUUUUCUCCACAUCUCUGUAGACCAGUGCCUAUGGCUCUUGAACUCUGAAAUGUGCGUUCAUCUUUGUAAUGAGAGGUUUAUGCACUGAAACCCUGCUAUGAUAUCCCUCUCUGUGUAGUUGUCGAUGGACUGUUAUUGCUGACACUGUCUGAUCAUUGACGUUCUCUGUUACCUGAGGAAGAGUUGUUUGUUUUUCCUUGCGUAUCACAGUAAUGCAUGAGCAUCGUGGUCAUUGAGGUCAUCUUGUCCAUGGCUUUGGGUAAACCUGUCUGUUAAAUGCUUGCAAUGUAGCGUUAUGUUGCCGUCUAAUGCACUGUAUCUUAAGGAUUAGAAAUUCUAUAACCGACACUGAAUAUGCAUUUGUAUAAAAUUACACUGUGAAAACAUUUGUGCAAA